AUGAUGACGUAUUCCCACCAAAGCUCUGAAGCUACGCUUGACAGUAAAUACAAUGCCAGUAGUUCAAUUCCAAAAGCCAUCAGUUACGCGCGAGUGACUUCAACUCUCACUCAGCAUAAAUCAUCUGGAGGGCUUGUUGGAGCUGAGCGUAUAUCUAUAUUGCGUGACAAGUCAAUCCAACCUAUAUUGGCAAGUGAUGGCACAACAUGCAAGGCGAAUAGACCAAGCAAAAGAGGAGUUGAUGCAGAUAGUUACUCUGAGAAGAUAAAGCAUGACAUUCAUGAACCAAGCAUAGAUCUAAAACAUACCAAUGAAAUAGAGGUAUCAACACCUGCUCAAUUAGAAACGGCAGUCGUGACUAUUCAAGCCAUUUUCCGUGGUCAAAAGCAACGCGAGCAGCUUUUGGCAAUUUUGCGUAAAGAAUGUAUUGAUCUUCGCAAACGAUGUCGUGAAAAAGACAUUCAAUUGGCGGCAAAUGCUCGCGAUCUAGAAUACAAGGCCAUUGUUAUUGAACAACUUCAAAAGCAGUCUGCUAGGCUGAUGGGGUCUGACAGUUAUGCUAUGACUGCAUCGGCACUUGAAACCCCCAGCGCAAUUUCAAAAAAAUCAAGUGAAUGCUAUUUGCAUAGUGGGGCUCUUGAAACAGAUACAACUUGUACACCUAGUGACGCUAAAAACCCGAUUGAUAAUAUGUUGACGGACAUUCAGAAUUUGUCUAUUGAAUUUUCUGCAACCGAGUCUUUAAAGGAUGAUUUGUCACCAACACCCCUUAGCGCUUCCGGUGCAUCGUUGGCAUUUUCCAAAUCUACGCCAAUUUCAAUCUGGACUCCACCCGUCAACGAUAAUGUGGCUGCACGGUCUUAUGGAAGUUCGAUCGAAGCAAACAUGGAUGCUGUAAGAUAUAUUUGGACUCCUCAGCAGACAUCUGGAUUCAAAGUAAACAAAUAUAAUGAAUAUUACGGACAAAGUGAACAACCGGUCGAUAUUGGUGCAGUAGAUUCUUUGCUCAUGUAUGAUUAUUCUUUGGAUUUAUCAUCCGACGAUAUAGUAAAUGCUGACUUGACAUUCAAGAUUCUCGUGGAAAAGAUUAUUAAAACAAACGAUCAACCAUCCUCAAUCUAUCUUCAGCAGCGUCUUAAAACAGACACAAUGGAAAACAAGGCGCUUAUUUUUGAUGCUGUACUUGAAUACGUCAUUCCUCUUGUCAAAAACAGAUUUGGCAAUUUUCUGGUUCAAUGUUGCCUGGACUAUUGCACUUGCCAGCAAAUCUGGGCUUUGGCAAAUUGUAUGCAUGGCCAGGUUAUUACACUUUCGUGCGAUCGCUUUGGCUGUCACGUUAUGCAAAAGGUUAUUGACAAAGUAGACAAGGAUAUCAAAAUUCUUUUGAUUAGCGAGCUGUAUCAAUCUAUUGUUGAAACGUUUACACACAGGUUUGCAUGCCACGUAUGGCAGCGAGUAUUUGAAACGUCUUGGACUGGUAAACCACCAAAUAUUAUGGAAAGCGUUCAAAGUGUUUUGAGUGGUUAUUGGAACUCGAUCGCAAACGACGAAAACGGUAGUUUGGUUGUUCAAUGCAUUUUUGACAAUUGCACUGAAGAAGAAACUGGCCCAAUCAUCUCCGAGAUUUUCAAGAAUACUGCUGAAUUGGCAAAAGGCCAAUGGGGAAACUGGGUGAUUCAGCAUAUUGUUGCACAUGGCUCUACUUUGCAACGAUCCCAUAUUUUGGAAGUUGUUUCACAGAAUAUCUAUCAAUUGAGCACCGACCAAUUUGCUAGCAAGGUUGUUGAAAAAUGCAUUAAACUGGCAUCAAAACGUGAGGCACAGGCAUUGAUUGAUAAAAUCCUUGCGCCUCAGCCAACCGAGCAAGGACGUCCGUUUCUUUUGGGAAUGAUGAACAAUCAAUAUGCAAACUAUGUGGUUCAAAAUGUAUUGAGUGUUGUAGACUCUGUGCAGCGCGAAGCUUGCAUCCGUUUGUUGACUCCACAUCUCACUCUGUUGAAAGGAUCAAAGUAUGGUCAGCGUGUGGCAUCCAUGUGUGAAAAGUCGAUGCGUACAUCCCACCAUAAAUUUGGUACUUCAAGCUUAAACACCAUCAAUGGUUUUUACUAG